UGCUUGCAAGCUUGUUCUCGGCUCUCGGUGGCUUUUGGAGUGUGCUGAAAGUCAUCAGGAUACAGACGGGCUCCGUCGGGAAAUGAUAGCAGGACGAGAUCAGCUGAGGGAGCUGCUUGCUGAGGUCUGCCCGGGCUGUGGUUGCCUGUAACUCCACUGGAGGAGAGGUGCGCGAUCCUGUCUCACUCAAUGUGCUUGCUGGACUACAAGAGGAUCUCCUCAUUGCCUGGGAAAUCAGAUUUCCCCAUUGUUCAGCUGUAAAAUAGCUGCACAAGGCCGUGAUUGGCAAAGGACUGGAUCACCCAGGUGGCUUACAUCACGUAGGCAGCUGCCACCGAAAUGACACUCUUGAUUGAAGGCCAAAAGAACCAUAUACGUAACUGCCUGUGAUUAAGCUCCAUAUGAUGCCUCAGAGCAAGUAAAAAACCCCUCCUUCAUCUCAUCUUGUUUGUAACGAGACAACCAUUGCAGGGAUAUCAUUUGGGUCAUGUUGUGGCUUUUGGGGGAUUUUUUGUUUUGUUUUGUGUUUGGUUUUUGGCUUUUCUUUGCUUCUGGCUGUAAACUUCCAUGAUCUGCACCAAUCCGCUGUUGCACCCUUGCGUGAUGCCCCAUGAGAGCCUGGUGCUGUAGGUGUGCUGGUAGCUGGGAACACAAAUUUUACCAGGGAGAAGAUGCCAUUCCACCAUGUAACAGCUGGCUUGUUGUACAAAGGCAACUACCUGAACCGCUCACUCUCUGCUGGCAGUGACAGUGAACAGCUAGCAAAUAUCUCCGUGGAGGAACUAGAUGAAAUCCGUGAAGCUUUCCGGGUGCUGGACAGGGAUGGGAAUGGCUUUAUAUCCAAGCAGGAGCUGGGCAUGGCAAUGCGUUCCUUGGGAUACAUGCCCAGUGAGGUGGAGCUGGCGAUUAUCAUGCAGCGCCUUGACAUGGAUGGGGAUGGCCAGGUUGAUUUUGAUGAAUUUAUGACUAUUCUGGGACCUAAGCUGGUGUCAUCGGAAGGCAGAGAUGGCUUUCUGGGAAAUACAAUAGACAGCAUAUUCUGGCAGUUUGACAUGCAGAGGAUAACACUGGAAGAGCUGAAACACAUCCUCUACCACGCCUUCCGGGACCACUUAACGAUGAAGGACAUUGAGAACAUCAUUAUCAAUGAAGAGGAAAGUUUAAAUGAAAACUCUGGCAACUGUCAAACAGAGUUUGAAGUGCACGCCCAGAAGCAGAACAGACAGACCUGUGUACGGAAGAGCCUUAUCUGCGCGUUUGCCAUGGCCUUUAUUAUAAGCGUGAUGCUGAUCGCGGCCAACCAGAUCCUGCGGAGCGGCAUGGAGUAGCCUCUCACCAUGACACUGUGAACCAAACUGACCAUGCAUGCGCAUGCCACCGGGUGAGCUCCCCCUGAACCGACUCUCACGGCAAAGAGACAGAGGCAGGCAGAUAAAGCACCAUUCGACAAGGAGCCUGAGGCCAGCAGCGUAAUGUGUCUUGUGAAUCAACUACAUUCUUUUGGCAGGGACAUAAAAGGGCUGUCUUAAUGCUUUAAAGGUUUUGUUUCCUAAUGCAAUAAAAAAAAUAAUAUACAGGAGUCCCAACUUAUUGCUUCAAAACAGCAAUGGUAACUUGGAAGAGACUUACAUCCAGCAGCCUGUGUGGCAGUUUUAAGGAGGCACAGCCUCAUGACUUAUUGCAGCAGGGCUGUCUUUUAACCUAGGGGCCGACUGACUAUUCCACGUAGCUCUCCGCUGGGCCCACAUUCCCAGGAAGUUGAUCGUAGCAUUGCCACAAGCAAGUUCUGUUUGUUUCGUUCCAUGUACGCCAGCUUCACUUUGUUUUUCCCUUAUGACCAUGCCUUUGAGUUCAUGGCAUUAGAGGGGAGCUAGAGCAUCCUUGUACAGUAUUUUCAGAGUAAAAAGAAGAGGAGAAUUUGCCAGCAUCAUACAAAAUCUCUAUUUUUGCUUCAUAAACGCCACCUUUGACACAAGACUGUGGGGGAGCACGAGUCCCCUUGCCAUUUUACUCCAACCGUGAAUCAGGGCUUAAGAAGCAUCACCCGUUUUCACACAUCUCUGAGAUUUGUGCAAAGUCUUCCAACCGACUCUGCAACCACCAGCACCAGUUAAAACUCCCUCUAUUUGGUCCUGUCUACACAUUCAGCAUUUGCUUUCCAGAAGUUUUGCCUUUCUUCUGUACUGGUCUUCAACAACCUCACCUGAGAUUGGAAUCACGAGGAAAGCUCAGAAAGAGCUUUCCUCCCUUCUUUUUCCCUGUGCAAGUUCUUUGUUUUAUUUCCUAUGUCCUGGCUGUACUCUGCAGUGAAACCUCCAUGUCAGACACCUUCUCAUGGAGAGUUCAUAUUUUCACCUACAUGGUAUUGUGUGAUUUUGACCAGCUCGCUGCUCCAGUCCCUCCCAGGAGCCAUCCCACCACCACCAUCCCAUGGACAAGUUCCAAAGCUGAAAAGCAGACCGCAGCAAGAGGAGAAGGAAUCAAACUAGAGCCUACCACCAUGUGUUACAUACUGUGUCAGACUUCCAGAUCCUGCAAGUGUUAGUUAAUUUUCCUGGAUGAGAUUAUAAUGAGCAGCAAGGAGAAGAUGGAGUCAUGAAGACUAGAGAUAACACGUCCCAUGGGAAGCAGAAGGACUGGGCGAGCCUGAAGCCAGGAUUACAGCAGAAAGCACUUUUCCCUUUAAACUUGUCACAAACCCUUGCAUUUACCUUCGGAUGAACUGCACACCUGUGUGUCACCCCAGGAAAGAUCUGAUUUCCUUGUCCUCAUGGGAGAGGUUUC